AUGGUUGGGGAGGAAGGGAUAAUAGAUUGGGCGCCCAUGUUGCCUUACCCCCGUGCACAAGUGCCGGACCAUGAGGUUGCGUGCGGCAGGGACAUGGUGCCACCGGUGAUUGAUAGGGGAACGGGCGCAAAGGGCCGUGAGUGGGCGGAGGAAGUUGAAGAUAGCGUGCGUAGGAUCGCGUUUGUGUGGGAAGAAGGGGGCAACAUGCGAAGGAGUCGGCUGGCGCGAAAAAAGGCCGGAUGGCCCAUUGUCCCAAUCUCAUGGGAUUCCCAAGGUAAAAAUAAUGGGCUUCCAAUUGUGGAACCGUUUGGAUCUUUCACAAUGGAUCUAUUUACUCCUAAAAGUGACCUGGACCUCUCUAUCAACUUUAAUACUGAUACAAAUGAUCAGUAUCCUCGCAGGAACAAGAUCUCUGCUUUUAGGAAGCUUGCAAAUGUUCUAUUUUCUCAUCAGCGUCAAGGUCUCUGUUAUGGUGUUUCACCUUUUGUGACUGCUAGAGUUCCUGUACUGAAGGUUAUUGAUCAGGGAACUGGUGUAGAGUGUGAUAUUUCAGUAGAAAACAAAGAUGGGAUGUCAAGAUCAGUGAUAUUUAAAUUUAUUUCAUCAAUUGAUAAAAGAUUCCGGAUACUUUGUUAUCUGCUAGUGUUUAUUCUACAGAUGAAGUUCUGGGCUAAGACAAGGCGUCCUCCAAUAUUACCUGCAUUUUCUGGCAUAUUGAAAGAUGGUACAGAUUUUGCAAGUAUUGAGAAGAACGUAUCGCUAUUCGAGGGUUUUGGAGACAGAAAUAAAGAGUCUAUUGCUGAACUUUUUGUAUCACUAAUGAGUAAACUAGUGUCAGUGGAGGGUUUAUUUGAGCAAGGGCUCUGUGCAAGCAAUUUUGAAGGGUCAUGGAUAUCGAAGACCUGGGCGAAGGGUGUUGGCAACUUGAAUAAUUUCGCCAGAUCGGUAGGGAUGAAGGAGAUGCAGAAAAUCUGUGAAUGCCUAAGGGCUAUUGUUUCUUAUUUGAGCAAGUUUUCUAAGGGUAAAAUUGCUGCGCCCAAGCUAAAGGCCCUGUUGUUUAAGCCUUUGAACCAGGUUAACCCAGUCACUAAUCCCCGUCAGAAAACUUUUAAGAGGAAGCAUGCUAAUCCAAAUAAGACAAGCACUAACACUAUUCAAAAAAACGCUAAGAAGAAGGCCCUUGAGCAGGAUAAACUAGUCAAUUCUCCUGGUCAGAAAGAUGGUAAGAAGCCCCUUGAUCAGGAGAAGUCAGUUAGUUCUCCCCUUCAGAAAGAUGCUAAGACCAAACCCCUUGACUAG